CAGUUCAUAUCAUCAGUUGCGAAUAUAAUAUAAAUAAUCGUUGCGUACCGAUCGGGUGUGAUUCUUGUGCUCAUUUUAUUGUAAAAAUAAUGAAUAUUUUUUGCUUGAUUGCUCUGUUUCUAUGUCUCACAGGUGUGAUGCCAACUCAUGCUGACGGAGAAUGUCACAACGGUCGAAGAUGUUUGGUGUACGACGAGUGUGAGGCACUGUAUUCGAGGUGGGGUCACAACCACUUCUGGCGGUUAAAGUUUCUGGCGCGAGUGCAUUGUGGGGUCAAUGAUAACCAGGAACCGAUGGUUUGCUGUCCCUCCGGGCUGACUUACGAAUGAACAGUGUUCCGUUAUGAAACAAAACUAUGCUGCAUUGACUUCGAAAGAUUUUAUGUAUACCUAUUACUUCUAUAGCAACUUAUCUUCAUAUAAUAAAUUUCAGUUUAAAUAAAAUUCUUAAGAA